AUGCCUUCGCUGACAACACUAUUCACCACGGCCAUAGGCCUCCCAGCCGCGCUGUGGACGUUCAAGUCCGCCAUGCUCGUAGCCUUCCAGCGCAGAAUAAUCUACAUGGGCUAUUCCCCUGUCGGUGCGCGUACGGAGGAACUUGCUCGCGCUGAUGAGCUCAAGAGUGGGAUGCGUAUCACCAAGAUCAGCGCAGAGGUGGCGCGUGGUGUGAGAGUCGAUGGGCUGGAGGCGGCAAGCGGUGCACACAGCCCGCAAACGCCCAUUCUAUUCUACUUGCAGGGCAACGCCGGCAAUCCCCUCUCGCGGCUGCCGCUGUUCGCGAGAAUUCUAGGCGUGAGCAGCAAGGGCAGCCAGAUAAGCAAGUCCAGUAGCAGCAGCAUGCGCAUCAUUGCGUUCGCUCCUUCUUCCUACUGGACCAGCACUCGGCGCGCACCCACCCAGCCGAGACUGCUGGAGGACUACGCCGCGGCACUGCGUCGCACGCACCAGCUUUACCCGCACGCGCCAAUCAUCCUCUACGGCCACAGUCUGGGUGGGUCGAUAGCGACGCUGUUGUGUGCGGGCCGGAGCGGCAGCGGGGAUUUAUGUAGCGGUGUACACGCCCUUAUUCUCGAAAACGCCUUUGAAAGCAUCCCUGCCAUGGUAAAGGCUUAUUUCGUCUCGCCCAAGGUGCCUUAUUACCAUCUGCACCCGCUUGUGUUUGACAAGUGGGACGCGCUGGGCGCCGCGAAAGACGUACAAGUACCGACGAUGGUCCUUGUUAGCGGAGACGACGAGCUCGUGCCCCGCGAGCAUGGCCUGGCGCUUCAUAACGCCCUCCCUAGAUCUCGCAUGCACGUCAUUCCCGGCGCUCUGCACGAGAACGCUUACUCUAAGCCUUCGUGGCCGCGUAUAGUCACCGCGUUUGUGAGUGAGUGUGUCAAAUGUCAGUCAGAUAAUCCAAACACGCAACAAAACCACCACACAUAG